AGGGAAGCGGGAGAGGGUAGGGACACAGACGGGUAAAGACAGAGGAGGGACACAGAGAGAGGUAGUUAGCGAGGGAGCAGGAGUGUUGAGAAAGCAGAACAGAAAUCUGAGGAAAGGAGAGGAGGACAGAGACUGACAGAAAUAUAAAGAGUAGCACCACUACAGCUAAAUAGAUCCUUACGCACGGCAGAGACGAGCUGAAGAGGAGGAAACGAUAGGAGGAGGGAAAGAGAGGAGAGUUUAUCGCCAUGAUCACUACAGCACUGAUGGUGGACAUUAACUCUGCCCUGCCCCUGCGUCUGCCCCCGGCUGCCAUCCCCAUGGACCUACGCAUUGACCAUCACCAGCAGCAGCAGCAGCUGUCCAUGUCUCCUUCUGCAGCCCAGGUGUCUGCAGCCCAGGCGUCUGCAGCCCAGGCCAGAGAGCAGCAGCUUCAGCAGGAGCUCCUGUCCCUGAAACAGAAACAACAGAUUCAGAGACAGCAUCUCAUCGCUGAGUUCCAGAGGCAACAUGAGCAGCUCAACCGCCAACAUGAAGCCCAGCUACAGGAACAUGUUAAGCACCAGCAGGAGCUCCUGGCCCUGAAACAUCAGCAGGAGCUGUUGGAGCACCAGAGGAAGAUGGAGAAGCACCGUCUGGAGCAGGAACUGGACAAACACCAGAGAGAACAGAAACUACUGCUGCUCAAGAACAAAGAGAGAGGACAGGAGAGUGCAGUGGCCAGUACGGAGGUGAAGAUGCGACUGCAGGAGUUUGUGCUGAACAAGAAGAAGGCUCUGGCCCAGAGGAGUCUCAACCACGGGGGGUUGCCCAACGACCCCCGCUACUGGUACGGGAAAACUCAGCACACUUCCCUGGACCAGAGCUCUCCUCCUCAGACUGGUAUGGGUACCUACAACCACCCUGUCCUGGGCAUCUACAACGCUAGAGACGACUUCCCCCUCCGCAAGACAGCCUCUGAGCCCAACCUGAAGCUGCGUUCUCGUCUGAAGCAGAAGGUGAGCGAGCGACGGAGCAGCCCCCUACUGAGGCGUAAAGACAGCCCGAUCACAACCGCCAAGAAACGCUCACUGGAUAUGGCAGAUUCAGCGUGUAACAGCGCUCCUGGAUCCGGCCCCAGCUCUCCUAACAACAACAGCAUCAGCAACAUCCCCAAUGAGAACGGCGUCACUGUGGCAGUCUCCAACAGCAUUGACAUGUCCCUGGCUCAGCGGUUGUGUGGUGGUGAACUCAGCCAGCUGUCUCUGUACACGUCCCCCUCCCUCCCCAACAUCACCCUAGGUCUGCCCGCCACGGCCACCUCUGCUUCCAAUGUGACCUCAGCCCAGCAGGAUGGGGGUCAACAUUCGGCCCUCUCCCUCAGCCCCCCCUACCUAGGCGGUGGCCCCCUAGUCACCUACCUGGCUGACGGAGGGGGCGCGGGGGGGCACGGCCCACUACUGCAGCACUUGGUCCUGCUGGAACAGACUGGCGCGCACGGGCCCCUACUGGCAGGUGUGGACGCCCUCCAGUCUCCCUCCAUCCACAAGCUGCGUGGGCAGCACCGUCCCCUGGGUCGGACCCAGUCAGCCCCACUGCCCCAGCAGAACGCCCAGGCCCAGGCCCUGCAGCAGCUGGUGGUCCAACAGCAACACCAACAGUUCCUGGAGAAACACAAACAGCAGUUCCAGCAGCUACACAUCAACAAGAUGAUGGGCAAGCCCAGUGAGCCCACGGGGGGCCGGCAGCACCAGAGUCACCCGGAGGAGACGGAGGAAGAGCUGAGGGAGCACCAGGCCCUCUCUCCCCAGGACGGAGGCUUUCCGUGUGGGAUCGCCAUCAAACAAGAGCCCCCAGACCCCCAAGAGAACCAGGAGGAGGACAUGCAGCAGGAACAACUGUUCAGACAGCAGGCCAUGUUGUUGGAGCAGCAGAGAAUCCACCAGCUGAGAAACUAUCAGGCUUCCAUGGAGGCAGCCGGUCUGUCAAUCACCUUCCCAGGUCACCGCCCCCUCUCCAGGGCCCAAUCGUCUCCGGCCUCCGCUUCCUCCUUCCCCAUCUCUGUCCCGCCCCCUGAGCCUCUCACCAAACCUCGCUUCACCACAGGGUUGGUGUAUGACUCUCUGAUGCAAAAGCACCAGUGUAUGUGCGGGAACACACACACCCAUCCGGAGCACGCCGGGCGCGUCCAGAGCAUCUGGUCCAGACUGCAGGAGACAGGACUUAGGGGACAGUGUGAGUGUAUCCGUGGUAGGAAGGCCACUCUGGAGGAGCUCCAGACAGUCCACUCUGAAGCCCACGUCCUGCUGUAUGGAACCAACCCCCUCCGACAGAAACUGGACUGUUCAGUCACGCCCAUGUUAGUCAGAUUACCAUGUGGAGGAGUGGGGGUGGACAGUGACACCAUCUGGAACGAGGUCCAUUCCUCUACUGCAGUUCGUCUGGCUGUGGGUUCUGUGGUGGAGCUGGUGUUCAAAGUGGCCACUGGUGAACUGAAGAACGGCUUUGCUGUGGUUCGACCCCCUGGACACCAUGCAGAAGCGAGCACUCCCAUGGGCUUCUGCUACUUUAACUCAGUAGCCAUCGCAGCCCGACUGCUCCAACAGAGACUCAACGUCUGCAAGAUCCUCAUAGUAGACUGGGAUGUUCACCAUGGCAACGGGACCCAGCAGGCAUUUUACGACGACCCCAACGUGCUGUACCUGUCUCUCCAUCGAUACGACGAUGGAAACUUCUUCCCUGGCAGCGGAGCACCCGACGAGGUGGGUAGUGGUCCAGGAGUAGGCUUUAACGUUAACAUGGCCUUCACCGGGGGGCUGGAGCCACCUAUGGGAGAUGCAGAGUACCUGGCAGCCUUCAGGUCUGUGGUGAUGCCCAUAGCUAAUGAGUUUGCUCCUGACGUGGUGCUGGUGUCAUCAGGCUUCGACGCCGUCGAGGGUCACCCUCCUCCGCUAGGCGGUUACACCCUCACCUCUAAAUGUUUUGGGUACCUGACGCGUCAGCUGAUGACCCUGGCGGAGGGUCGCGUGGUGCUGGCAUUGGAGGGAGGUCACGACCUCAUGGCCAUCUGUGACGCCUCUGAGGCCUGCGUCUCUGCUCUGCUGGGCAACCAGCUGGAUCCUCUCCCUCAGGCGCUUCUGGAGCAGAGACCCAACCAGAAUGCUGUGUCCUCCAUAGAGAAGGUUAUAGAAACACACAGUAAGUACUGGCGCUCCAUGCAGCGUGGAUCCCCCAGGCUGGGCCUGUCUGUGCUGGAGGCUCAGAGAGGAGACUCGGAGGAGGCUGAGACCGUCAGCGCCAUGGCCUCUCUCUCCGUGGCCAACAAACAGAGCAGGUCGGAGGAGGAACCCAUGGAGGAGGAAGCACCAUUAUAGGGGGGGAAGCAUAAGGGCGUCGCACCGUGACUGUCGGCCUCUGCAGCUCGGAAGACUACCUUCUGGAGAGUCUCGACUGUCCCUUUCAUUUAGUCCCUCCGCGCCGUGCCUAUCACCUUGAUUGGCAGAUCCUCUGCCAAUGAGGGAGAGGGAUGGGCUUCAGAGUAGGGAGUCAAUGGGGAUACGAUAUGAAGGACGGAAGUGACAAAGCGCUGCAGCCAGGCAGCUCAGCGUGGUCAGCUCACCGUGACUCUAAAGAGACGUUUGUUUCUGCCAGUCAGACUGAGGCAUCCCCAGAAGACGCCCCCAGAAGACACCCUAGCACCGAGGCAGGGCGUGGGUACUCAGAGUGGAGGCGGAAAAUUGAAGUCUUACUCCUGAAGGGAAAGAUCUGGUGCUUUACAGAGCUCCCCCGUGGCCAAAUAUGGAGACAGAGGACAGGACAAGUCCGGCUGUCACACACAGCUUGGACAUUUAUUUUCUCUCCUGCUUUUGUCCCCCUAAAUGGAGGACAUGCUACUGAUGGAGAUGGUGGUUACUGAUGAGCGAUGGCGGACAAAAAAGCCCUUAGGAGAAUUGUCGGGCUGUCAUUGGCUGAGGACAGUAGACUUGACUGUGGUUGGCCGUUGAGCAAGCGGCGUUUGCCGUUAUUAGAUGAUGAGGCUAUUGGAUCUUUGCCUUAUUGAUGCAGCUGGUAGUUCUGUGAUGGAGGGUCCACCAAUGAGAGAGUGCCUUUGUGAAGCUCUGAUGGAUUACAGGAUUGUGUCAGAAAUGAAGAUUGCCUUAAAUGAUGUUCCUGACCAGGGGAGAGAGAGAAAUACAUGUUCCUGUUUGAAAGAGGACGGGAUGGUGGGAAAUGAUCUUUCAGCAUGUUUACCAGGAUUGUGAUGUAGACCGCGUUUGUCUCUCACAGCCUCUUUUAGGAGUUCUUAUACUUUUGGAUUGAUCUAUUUUUCUGUAAAAAUGCUUCAAAAAGGUAGUUGCAAGCAAACAUUUAAAACGUUCAACUUCCAGUUGAUUCGUAAAGCACUGUUGAAGGUUAGCAUUUAGCCUUAUGUAGCUUCCCUUUAUCACAUAACGAAUCGCUAACGGGGAAAAAGCAUGUCUCACCAGAAAGACCUGUCGGUUGCAAGGUUAGAAGGUCAUCCAAAAAUAAGUAGUGAAGCAAAAAAAAGCCAAAGCAUGUGUUUGCAUCCAGCUCUUUCGUACCACUAGUAACAGCAGACAUACACAGUGUUGCUGCUGGCUUUCUCAAACAAGGCUUUUGAUACCAAGCACACUGUUCUGGAGGUAACGGCUCAAACAUGUAUAUCUCAACCUUUUGUUAAAUCAUUAUUCAAUUCCAAUCUAUUGUUUGGCAACUACCUUAGUUAAUAGUUACUAUAAACAUCUUGUCAUGUAUAUUGAAUUGAACAUAUUGUAAAGCCAAGUGUUAAUUUGCCAUCUUUGAAACUAUCAUUUCCACAUCAAGCUGGUCAGUUGACUAUACCAUCAUCAACUUUUUCUUAAUCAAUGAUCUCAAGUGUGUGACAAUUCUAUUUUUGGCAUGUAUGAAAAUCUCUAAUUUUGAACAUACUUUUUAUAUUUGCGUGUUUGUCAUUUUGCGUUGUUACUCUGUACAGUUGAUGUGCCACUUGCUCUUAGUGUCCUCAUCAUGCAUUGGGAUGGAGAACAGCCUUUCUACUUUAUACCAGGAUUCCAGCAAUUGUCUAUUUACUUACAGAAUGAUCCUGUUUACAGAGAAGUUCUACAUGGAAAACCUAGAAAUAUAUUAUAUACAUGAGAGCUAUGACGUUGUGAAAGAGAAUAGCUAUGGCAAAGAUGGUAUCACUCCAGUAAAUAACUCUAAAAACCUUAUGUGGGGGGUUGAGGUUGACUGCCCUGGUUGGAGCAGGCCCUGGUUGGAGCAGGCCCUGGUUGGAGCAGGCCCUGCACUCAGCAGCACUGUAUUUGGUCUCUUUUCCACACAUCACUCUGAACACAAAAAGGGGAACACACUGAUUUGUUUUUGUACUGUAUUGUUCCUGGCUGCUCUGUAGCUAGCUCGACUCUAAAGACAAGCAUGGGGCAUUUUAAAGACACUUAGCUUUCGCGUUUUACUUCAUUGGGACCAACCAAAAUGACAUACCGAGGUUACAUUUGACACGAUAACACACUGUUGUUGAUUGAUAGCAUGGUUACUGCUGUGCUGCCAUGGUUACUGUACAUUAGCAUACCUCAGACUUCAGAAAAUGUUGUGACAUCACUUCUUCCUAUUGUAGCUACAUUAGUUGUGUUGUCAAGAAACCGGAGUCAUGAUAUUAGUGGGUAGGCUUGGUCUCAUUGUAGUUAAACUAUUCUCAUCCCUAGUAAAUAACUCCUUUUAGUUGUCAAUAAUGUUCUUACACUCAUUUUGGUAGUAUCAUGUUUCCUUUUCAUGAUUUAGUAAACAUUGUAUUUAUUUUUGCUUUGCUUUAUGUUUGCUCUCAGACUCACCGUUCCUAUGAAUUGUUUCAGAGCCCCAGGGUUUGGAAUGUUCCUUUAAAGAACAUUUCUUUAACGUUUCUGUUUUUUUUCUUUCACGGCCUCUAAUUUUCUGCAUGGUUUGUCUGUCCGCAUGCCUGUCUGGCUGUACGUCUGUGUAACACUGUAUUUGCACAGUAGAAGAAAACUGGAGGACCAAAUCCCAUCCCAGAAACCCCAGCGUGAAUGUCUCUUCUUCUUUGGUGUACUAAGGAUACAAAGGACUUAACUUGUCAAAAUGAAUUCCACAUUAGAUUUUUUUUAAAUUAAAUGCUCAGUUUUUGUAGGGAAAUUACCCAGCACUUAAACAAGAUGAUGGACAAUAGACUUGACUGUGUAAGAGGAAUAUGGAUUAGCUAGGCUAAUCUCCGAGUGUAUUUAUGCUGGCUUCACAUGCUCAUGGGAAAUGGGGAAGUGGAACAAUUAAGUCCAACAUGAUUGUGUUUAAGUGCUUUUGAAGUCUGAAAAAUUCUUCAACCAAUAGGAUUUUAGCUAGCUUAUCAAGGUUUCUAAUAAUAAAGUUAGCUAGCUUGCUUAACAUUGACAAUAUGGUCAAACUACCUUCUCCAUAUUGAUGAGGUCGUAGUUGUCAAACUGAUUUGUUAUUUUUUGGUCAGUGGUGAAACAUCACAACUCGCCAACUCGGGCAACAACAGUUUCCCACUUGGAGAGUAGCUCAAGUGAAACUUCUCAGUUGGAAAUAGGAACUUCCGAUACCACAUGAACGUGGCAUUACACCCAUCUAGACUGCUUGUCUCUCCCUAAGAGUGUUUCUAGGGUGUUGGGGACAGACACACAAAGUAGACAAUGGCUAAAACAUCAGACCUUUAAAACACUCCAUAUGUGGUUGAUUGGGAAGGGAAUUUUCUGCAGACUCUUAUCCACUUAAGCCAGUUGUAUUUAAAACCACUGUGUUUAAAAAGAGCUAUUCUCGGUUUACAUAUGUAAAUGAAAAAGUUAUUUUUGUUUUCUUUCCAUUCCAUUGUUACAAAUGAUAUCUUGUUGGGACCUAUAUGCUUUUGACAUUUUGUCUCAGACAUAAACUCUAAAAUAUAUUUCUGAAAAAUGAA